AUGAGACUUGUCAUAGCGCUUCUUCUUGCCUCUCUUGCGGUUUGCUUCAAGCGGCCAGGGAGAGCGAACAUUUUCAUGAUCCCGCACGGUGAGAUGACGACCAACGGCACCCACCGCUUAAGCGAGGACGGCCUCGCACGUGCUGAAUGCCUUCGUGAACUCUUUGGGCCCGGGUCUGAGUACCAUAUUGGCUUAAUUGUAGCCCCGCAACAUAUAUGGAGGCUAGCGAGGGUCGAAAAAUUGGGAUACGACACUGUAGCUCCUCUUGCCAAAGACUUGGAAGUCAACAUUCGUGCUUCUUGCCCCCGGAAAAUCUACGGCUGCGUAUUGGACGCUAUUGAUCACUGGGUUGGCGAUGGAAAUGUUCUCAUCUGCUGGGAACCCAAGUUGCUCGGCAAGCUGUCGCGGCUGAUUGGCGUGAGACGCCUUGAGGUCUACCCGACCUUCAGGCAUGACAUAAUUUGGGAACUCACCCAAAGUCGAAAUUACAUAAAAGAAAGGACUCUUCAGAAAUGCCCAGGAUUAGAUGUUCCUUGGGUUAAUCUGGACACGGAAGACGACUUACAAUGA